CCUACUCAUCUCCAUCACACUUGCUGUACAAAAGGGAAAAAAAAGACAAGACCAAACAAAUUUCCCAUUCUAUAUACCUCUCUUAAAAAAGCAAUGGCAACACCUCUUUUCUCCAAGGAUCUCAUCUCUCCAUCCGUAACGUCAGAACUACCAAAAGGCUACAAUCUCCGUCCACUUCAAAAGUCCGAUCAUGCAGAAUUCCUCUCUGUCCUGACGGUUCUCACAAAGGUCGGCGAUAUAUCCCUCGAGACAUGGUCAGCUCGCUACGACUGGAUGGCAGCUAGAAACGAUGAGUAUUUCAUCGUCGUUAUAGAGAAUGAACUGGGAAAGGUCGUUGCCGUAGGAAGCUUAAUUAUCGAGAAGAAAUUUAUUAGGAAUUGUGCUGCUGUAGGCCAUAUUGAAGACAUUGCCGUUGCGGCUGACCAGCAAGGGAAGAAGCUCGGGUUGAGAAUUAUUCAAGCAUUAGAUGCUAUUGCUCAACAGGUUGGCUGUUACAAAUCUAUCCUUGAUUGCUCAGAAAAAAAUCAGGGUUUCUAUGAGAAAUGUGGUUUCAAGCUCGCGGGGGUCCAGAUGGCGCACUACUAUGAAGGCAAAUAA